CCGCUGCUCGCGGACUGGUAUUUCCCCAACCUGCCCGCUGCUCUUCCUUCCUUUCCUUCCAGGGGAAGCCAUGGCUGAAGCGCCACCGACGCCCGCCUCCGACUCCGAUCCCUCACCCUCGCUCGCCCCCGCCGCUCCCCGCUCCCUCCCUACCACGCUUUCCCUGCCGCGUCCGUCCACCGGGAGCCGACCCGCGCGCGGCGGCAGUACUGUUUCGGGGAGCGGCAGGAAGAAGGGCAAGGCGCCGGCGGCGGGCUCCGCGACCGCGGCGGAGGGAACGACGCGCCGGCACGGCCGGCUGGUGGAGGCGGUGCGGUUGAUCGGGGGAGGCGCGGACCCUGCGGUGGCCGGCACUGACAUACUGGAGCUGGCGAUGGCCAAGGGGGCCAUGUUCUCGUGGCUCGGCUACUGGCCCGAGGGAGGGUACCCCAAGGAGGGCCAACCCUACUGAUUGAUUGACGCCCGCGCGUCCCUGUUCGUUCUUAGGUGACGGGAUGCAGAAGGAGACGGAUUAUUGUCGCUACAAGACAUGUAGAAGACUAUCAAAAAGAUGAGAACUGUGAAUUUGCCUCAAGGUGACAAAGGGCAACGGUGAAAUUCCUUUACGUUGGAAGCACUUCCACACCGAUUAUUGGUCGGUGUGUGAUGGUGUCGAAUAGGAAGAAAAAACUAUAGUUCCAGGUGGAGUCACAUGGAGUCGGGGAGUAGCGGCAGAGCUCAUGAAAGACAACCAAGUCGAAGAGUAUAUGGAAGUUUGGCGCUUAGACAAACUCAAGGUGGCGGAAAAUAUUCAUCAAGGUGGAGUUUAUUAUGUGUGUGUCGAAUAUUAUGUACAAAGGGGUUACAUUAGGACUUGGAGUUGUAUUAGGUGUGGAUAGGUACCUAUGUUUGGAGUCGAACACGUUGUAUCCUAGGACCUCCUGUAUAAUAAGGGGACAUCACAUGUUGUAACCCAUGACGAUUUGAUACCAGCAGGAAUGCAAGGAGAGCCGAUGGCUUGUGCUGGUGCCCAAGCCGGCCAAGUGUUGUGGUAUUAAU